AUAUUAAAAAUUUAAAUGCAGACAAAGCGCAAAUACUGUAUGUCCUCCCUGACACCCUUUCCGCUUCAAUUUUGCCAGAGUGUUGAACCAGACUAACGGCUACUUUUUCCUGAAACAUUUAAAAAUAAGUCAGACAUCCUCUGCUGAGGACCGAGGUUGCAUUCUGCUGUUACCCACUGCUUCACACAGCAAUGGAGGGGUAACUGUUGCCCCCAGUUUCGCUCGUGCCCUUCAGAGCAGCUGUCGUUUCUUUUCUUUUUUUAAUUCUACGUCCACAAAAUGUUGCAGAAACAAGGGUUUUGAUUAGAAAGUGACUGAAACCUAAAUGAGUCGAAAGCGUACAAACCAUUCAGCCUUCUUCCUCUGCCCUUAUUUCUGCGUCCUCCUUGCCGGUGAUGUAAGGUGCAGCCUUCCCUACCUUCAAGGAAUAUACACUGAGAAGCGGAGGCGAGGGACACAGGAAACGAGGGAACGUUCUCCCCGCUUUCCCUCAGACGUUCCUCCGCCCCCGUGGAAGGGGGGGGGAAGGGGCUGCGGCCGCCAUUUUGUUUCCUGGGCAGACGAUGGGACAGAAUUUUCGCCUCGUAUAUACUUCUAUUUGGGCGUUGCUCGUGCUCUGGAGUGAAGCUCCACUCCAAGCUCUCUCUUCUGUGAUUCCUACAGACGAGUGCGGCACAAGGCCUGUUGUGGAUGAGAUAGCAACUGGGACUCGGAUCAUAGGUGGACACGAUGCACAGCUUGGGGCCUGGCCAUGGCAAGUUAGCCUUCAGGUGUACCACUUCGGUGUAGGAUAUGUCCAUGUAUGCGGUGGAUCUUUAAUUAAUCACAAUUCGGUGCUAACAGCAGCACACUGUGUUAGAAAAUGGACGGACGCUGGAUUUUGGAGGGCUGUGGUUGGAAUGCAUCACCUUUCUAAACACCAGACACAUACAAUAAAGAGCCGGAUCAGGGCUAUUAUUAUCCACUCCAAUUUCAACCACGCUACCUUUGAAAAUGAUGUUGCCUUGUUCAAGUUAAUGGAAUCUAUCAAAUUCAAUGAGUAUAUCCAGCCCAUCUGCUUACCUGACGGUCCUCUUGCUGUAACUGACGAGACUCCAUGUUACAUAAGUGGAUGGGGAAACACAAUGGAGAAAGGUAGACACAGAGAUAUAUUGCAAGAAGCACAAGUUGAUAUUAUUCCAUUAGCUGUUUGUAAUAGCCAUGACUGGUACGGAGGAAAGAUAAAAGAUGAUAUGCUCUGUGCUGGCACUGAAAGUGGAGGUAUUGAUAGUUGUCAGGGAGACAGUGGGGGACCUCUCAUGUGCUAUUUCCCAGAUGCCACCAAAUACUACCUGAUAGGAAUCACCAGCUUUGGUUUUGGUUGUGGCCGGCCAAAACUUCCAGGAAUUUAUGUACGCACUGCCCAUUACAGAAGCUGGAUAAAUUCACAAGCUAUUCUAUUUGACAAAGCCUCCACUAUGAAGGUUCCUCGUGUUCUCAUCUUGUUGAUUGUACAGUGGGUAAUUUUCCAUAAUGUUCUGUGAAAAAGAAAAACCUCCAUUGUUCUGGAAUGACCUCAAAUUGCUUUUCAAAAUUAUUAGUUCAUGGUGUAACAAGUACAUUUAGCACAAUUUAUUAUUUUUACAACAUGCCAUAUAAUCCUAUUCUUUGCUUUCCUGUCAAAUCGCUUGUGUAGUACAAUAUAGAGAAGGUCUACAUGACAAAUAUGAGAUGUUGCCAUUGCACUUUAAAACAAAAUAUAUAUUUCAUUUCUAUGCAGAGAGCAUAUUUGGAAUUCAAAUGUUAGUAUGUGGUAUUUCUUCAGAUCUCGUAUUCCCAAGCAAUAGAGACCGAGGGGAGGGGAUAUAAUUGUUCAUUUUACACACAUUGAGCCUGUCAGCAUUUGCUCACAAUUGGUUCCAUCUUUGUGGGAUCUGUUUGGUUAUUUUUUUACUGCAAUUGUCAGAUGUACCAAUUUCAUGCAAAUCCCAAUAUCUAGAAUGAAAGAACACUGAGCACAGAGUACCAUGUUUUAAGUGUCUGAAUAGAACAGAACUCACAGACCCUCAACAUCCAUAUCCAUUCCUGAUUGAAUUAUGAGUUACUGGUGAGGUCCAGAGAUUUAACCAUCUAAAUACUGAAGUGACAACCAUAGUUAACAAUAACGGAAUCUACAGCCCAAAUCCUAUUGCUGCUGUGUGCAAGUUAAUUUGCCUAAUUCCUCAUAAUGUGUUUCCUGGCAUGUGCCUCACUGCACAAUCAGGCACGUGACCGUCACCUUAUAACUGAGCAACAAUUUGUCAUCAAGACUUACGCAACUUUCCUUAGACAGGUAUAAAUCAGAUAUUUGGAUUUUGGCUUCCAUUACUCUAUAACUAUUACAAGAUAGGUGAGCAACUAGUAUGACCAGUGCACACAAAUAGUUACAUCAUUAUCCCAGGUCUGGGAGGUACUUUGUUAACAUUUAGCUGUUAUUGGUCCCAAAUAUAAGAAGCAACACUAGAUGCCUGCAGGUGAAACAGUUUAUGUUUGCCUCCAUAUGAACAAUGUCAUGAAGCACUGUUGAAAACUGGUUUCACAAUAGAAACAGCAUAGCUGUCUGGGUAUCUGCAUAUAACUGGAUUGUGCAUGAAUAGCACAGAAUCCCCAUGCCUGAGACUUUUUGUUGUAUAUGCCCUUGUCAGAUUUAAAGUCAAAAGUCACAAGCUUUUACAUAAAAAUUAUUUACAGAAAAGGAAA